AUGGAUGAUCGCACAAAGAAAAACGCACGCAUUACUAGAGACAGCAAUCAAUUGGAGCCAAAUGAUGCUACAUCCACUGUCAUCCAGGUGUUAAUGUUAGUUGCAUCAGGGGUUCUCACUCUAGCUGGUUUCUUAUUAAUUUAUCACUAUGCAAUCGAAGAAUUCGAAAUGGAAACUAUACAGAUUCCAACAGUGGGCAAUCAUUUUAAUGAUAAUGAAACAAUAAAUUAUAAUCUAAACUCCAUGAAAAAAAGAACAAAAAGAGAAGCAACUUCAUUACAAUACAAAGAAGAACUCAACAAAAGCAUAUUGAAAUUGAUGGAGGAUCCAAAAUGUAAAAGUGGAUGUGAUAAAGUUCGAAAGAAACUUCUUCGUAUUGGAAAGGAUUUUGGAAUGUCUAUUGCUCAAUUGACAAAUCUGAAGAAAGAAAUAGAGAGUGUUGCCCUAUCUUGCAGAUCUGAUGAUGAUAAGAAUAAAGAAUUUAAAGGAAUGCCAAUGGCAUUUGUGUCACAGCAGGGUGAUAUUAUUAUGCCAAAUAUCCAAAAACCUCAGCAGACUUAUCUAUCAGACCAGGAUUUAGCUGGAACCAAUUAUUUUCCUCAAAGUAACCAUAUGGAAAGUAUUCCUCCGACAGGACCAGAUUCAUCAGCGACAGGUUCUGGGCCUGGUGAAGUGGUACAGACCAGCCAGCAAAUGACAGUUUCGCUUCCUCAGCAGGUACAUCCAGUGUGUCGCCUCGUUCCAGGGCAAGGUGGAAAUGCAGGUUACAUUUGUAUGCCUGCACAAAAUAGAGGUUCACCUAGUGCAGUUCUCCCUGAAAAUUACUACUUUAAAAUUAAUCCUGACGCAAGAGCUCCUGAAGUUCAUGUACCAACAGCAAUUUCAACCCAAAAUCCAUAUGCCUUUCCAACACUUUCUGGAUCACCUGUAAUUUCGCCAGUGUCAGCUCCUGGGUCAAACCAGUUAGUUCCAGUUUUUAACCCUUUGACUGGGAGAGUCUCAUUUCUAAAUUUUGGACAGGGCAGUGUAAACAGCCGACCAAACUACUCAAUAGUGAAUCAAAAUGAUUUUGCUUCUCAUAUGCAACAGCCAUUGGUUCCUCAGUACACAGUGUUGAAUCAGCAGUAUUUAGCACCUCAGCCUCAAUUCAGACCACAGUCACAGCUGACAGCGCAGUUAGCAAAUCCACAGUUUUCCCCAAUAUUAUUACCAGUACCUUAUCAACCUCAACUGCCCAUUCAACACCAACCUGUUCAAGCUGUAUCCACUUCGUCACUAAUAAUGCCAUCAAUAUACCAGCCACAAACUUCACCCCAGUUUUAUAUUCCACAACCAUCUGUGACUCAAACUCAAUUAGGACCUACAGGAAUGUCCAGUCCAAUGAUGCAGUGUUCAUAUGUUGUGGUUCCUAACUCUCCCGUUCAAACAUAUCAAUUUCCUACUGUAACAGGGGUUAAGGAAACUUUACGAAGAUAUGAAGAGCCCAAAGUAAUCCAAGUUAAGCAUCCAGAUGAUAAAAACAAAACAGCAGUAAAAUCACUACUUUAUGAUGGCAACUGUAUACCAGGGAUGAUAGCUUGUGAAAAUGAACAAAAAUGUAUAAAAGAGGAAAGCUGGUGUGAUUCCAACAUUGACUGUGUGGACGUCUCUGAUGAGUCUAAAUGUACUUGCAAAGAUAGAAUUCAUGAAGAAAAAAUGUGUGAUGGAUAUUUCGACUGUCCACAGGGUGAAGAUGAACUAGAAUGUUUUGGUUGCAGCAGGGAUAAGUUUAGCUGCAAUGAUGUUGGUUCAGAAGAAGAAGCAGUAUCUUGCCUUCCUUUAGAACAUCGCUGUGACGGGAUCAAGGAUUGCCCAAAUGGUAGAGAUGAAACUGAUUGCUUGAUAAUAACGGAAGAAGAACAAGCACAUAUGGUCCCAACAGUCUCUUACUCAAAUGGAUUCUUGUACAGAAACUGGAAAGGAACCUGGUAUCAUGUUUGCAGUGCAUUGAAUUGGCAGUAUCAAGCUUGUUCAGCAGAAUUUGGUUCUCUUCAAAGGUCACCUCAAGAGAGUUACAUUACUCUUAAUGAACACCCUCCUUUGUUAGUGAAUGAGAAAGAAUCAGAUAUUGAAUUAGUCCACCUCUGUCCAGGUGCUGAAGGAGCAGCAUUAUGGGUCGAAUGUCCAAUGCCUGAAUGUGGAAUGAAAACUGUAUCCUUCCAUUUAAAUAGAAAUAAGAGAUCCUAUUCUUUUUCACAUAGACAAUACUGGGAAGAUCCACAUCCUGGCGAAGAAGAACCUCAGUUUAGAUCAGCUAAUGAAGCUCACGAUUUUAUCAAGGAUUUUUUCAAUUCUAUAUCAAUUUUUGAUAAAAAGAAAUAUUAUAAACGAUUUUGGGGCCCUCUAGUUCAGCCAUAUUUGGGUGUAAAAGAUAUAAAUGAUAAGGGAAAAGAGAAAAAAGAUGCUUCAGAAACAGAUCCUGCUCAAGAUUCCUGGAGGUAUCAGCACCCCAACAUCUUCGAUGGCUUUCCAUAUUACUCUAAAAAUGGGAGAAGUGAGCAGAUGGCAUCCUCAAGCAUUGGCUCUUACCAACUUCCUCCUGCUUAUUAUGGUUCUCUUCAUAAUUUUGAAACACAAGGACUUUCUCCCCAAUAUGCAGAAGAGCCUUAUAAUGAUAUCAAUGAUAUUGAACACUCUCCAGUCGAUAUGAGCAAUCCAUAUUAUCUUAAUAAUUACUUCUCACAAUUAUUUUAUCCUCACAAUGAUGAAAAUAAUUACCCGUAUGAUAACUAUGGUGAAAUUAUGGAAUAUCAAGACAUUGAUUACCAAAAUCAACCAUCAGACUAUUAUCCCAAUCAUCAUCUUCCACCUUUUGGUUUUGAAUAUGAAGAAGAUAAUAGAACGAAAAGAGAACAAGAAGCUAGAGUUGUAGGAGGGAGGCAGAGUGAACCUGGAUCUUGGCCUUGGCUUGUAGUUAUAUAUAAGGAUGGAAAUUUUCACUGUGGAGGAACAAUCCUUAAACCACAGGUGAUACUUACCGCUGCACACUGUAUGGAAAAUUUUCAGAAUCAUUAUUAUGAGGUUCAUGCUGGAAUACUUCGAAGAAUGUCUUAUUCACCUCAACUGCAGAUCCGAAAAGUAACUGAAGUCAUCAUUCAUGAAGAUUAUGACAAGACCAAACUGAGUAGUGACAUUGCCUUAAUAGGACUUUCUUCCAAGCUGAAGUUUAAUCGUUGGGUGCUUCCAGCAUGCUUGCCACCGCCUGAUCCUAUUCUUCCACCUGCUGGAAUUAUGUGUACUGCUAUUGGUUGGGGAGCUAUUUAUGAACAUGGACCUGACCCUGAUCAUCUCAAAGAAGUUAGUGUCCCAAUAUGGCCAGAAUGUAAAUAUGCAGAAGACAGACUUGGGAAUGAAAUUUGUGCUGGCUACUACGAAGGGGGUGAAGAUACUUGCCAAGGUGAUAGUGGUGGACCACUUCUAUGCAGGCUGGCCAAUAAUAAAUGGUAUAUUGCUGGAAUUGUUAGCCAUGGUGAUGGUUGUGCAAGGAAAGAAGAACCUGGAGUUUACACUAGAGUAUCCAUUUUUCAUGAUUGGAUUUUACAAAAUCUUGAGUGGCGAAAAAGUGCAAUCAGGUCAAGUGGGAAGAUAUGUCCUGGUUUAGUUUGCAGCACAGGAGUUUGCCUUCCUGCAAAAUAUCAUUGUGAUAAACAUAUUGAUUGUUUGAACAUAGAAGAUGAAGAAAACUGUGAUGAUUUCCUAAGUGCUGCAAACUUAGCAAUAAAUACAAAUGAAUCUGUAACUUAUACUAAUUCAAGUAGAUCUGAGGAAGCAAGUGAUUCUGUUAAUCACAACCAUGUAAUAUUGAACAAUGUAAGUAAUGACUCAGAUCUUCCAACAGAAAAUACUUCUAAUUCUGAGGAUGAUUUCUUUGAAACAACAACAGAAAGUCCCUAUGACACAACAGAGAAUGCUGAAUUACACUCUCAACAAAUCCAGCCUUUAGAUUUUACAGAUUUAUAUUUUUGUAAACAGCUGAAUCAACGAAUUUUGGCAUCUAGAGUUUGUGACAAUGUUGUCGAUUGUGAAGAUGGGAGUGAUGAAAAAUAUUGCUCCUGCUACGAUAAACUGAUAAAUCUUUCUCCUAAUCUGAUAUGUGAUGGAAAAAUUGAUUGUCAUGAUUCAACAGAUGAAAAGGAUUGCCCAGUUAAAUGCUCUGAAAAAGAAUUUUAUUGCCACAAAACUGACAUAUGCCUGUCAUUAGAUAAAAGAUGUGACAGAAACAAAGAUUGUUACCAAGGUGAAGAUGAAAAUGGUUGUUAUGCUUUAAUUGAAAAUGAAUUAAUUUUGGAUAUUACUGGAAGACCAUCUUUGUUCACCAAUGGAACAGCAGUUGAACUUCAUAAAGGAUCAUGGAAGAGUGUGUGUAAUGAAAGUAAUCCAGCAAAUAGAGGAUUAACUAUUUGCAGAUCCUUAGGAUUUAGAACUGCUCGAAGUGAAACAGUAGAAGUGAAUGAAAAUCCAACUAAUAAAGAUGGAAUAAUGUGCCAGGGUCUUAUGAUAUCUUGUUCAUCUCCAGAAAAUUUAUUAUGGACUGCUCCUCUCUUUGUUGACGGUACACCUGUUGCUCUGGCUGCUAUGAUAUCCCUCAAUUGGCUUCUGGCACCUCAUUCUUCUCUAAUUUUCAAUGACUCAAAGGUACAUCUUAGUUCCUGGUUAGGAAAGAGUAAUGUCAGCCUUAAUAUUCUGGGUCCUUAUGACCAGUAUAUUCGAAUAGAUGGUAUUAUAGUCAUUGAUGAAUUGGAUGCUGUACUUCUACAUCUUGAAAAUUCAGCAAAAAUAUCUCACGUUACAGUUCCUCUACCACUUCCAGAUUGGCCAGCAUCAUUUGAUGGUACUGAAAAAUGUGAAGCUGUAGGAAUGAACUACAAAGGCAGCAUAACAACAGUCAUGUUAGAACCUCUUCCCUGUGACAGUAAAAAGAGAUGCUAUAUUUGGGACAGAGAUGAUGAUUUCUGUAAGACUCCGGGAAUUGUAGUCUGUCACUCGGGUUAUGGCUCUUACAUUUCUUCUGUAAUUUCACAAAACAUUUGCCUUCAAAAAGUAAUAAUAUUACCCGAUAUUAUUGGAAAGAAACAUCUUAUCACAAAACAUUUAGAUGAAGAACUGGCCCACAACAAUUUAUUAUAUGAAGAUAUUUGUGAAACUGUCAGGUGUGAGAAUGGGAAAUGUCUUGAAUGGUCUAAGAUUAGUGAUGGAGUGAGCGACUGCUUUGAUUCUAGAGAUGAAGCUGAUGAAGCAUGGAGAAAAAAAGAAAUUUACUGUCAAUAUACAGAUGAUCCCUAUUGUACUUGUAAACCAGGUUUUAUAAGAUGUCACAGUGGUGAAUGCAUUCGAGCAGAGAAAUUUUGUGAUGGUUCUGAUGAUUGCCAAGAUGUUAGUGAUGAGAAAGACUGCAGUUGUGAAGGAUAUCUUUCUCUUGCCAGACCAUUCAUGCUCUGUGAUGGGAAUCAAAACUGUAAAGAUAAGGGAGACGAGAACUGGGUACUCUGUGGUAACAAGCAGGAUAAUGAUUGCAUGACUGAGAGGAAGUUUAAAUGUCCAAAUUCAGAUGUUUGCAUACCAAAAGAUUUCUUAUGUGACGGUGAUCCUGACUGCCCUGAUAACAAAGAUGAAGAGAUGUGUAUUGCUCUCCGAUCUCCUGUUGAUAGCCCGAAAGAAGGGAUGAUUUUUUCUUUACUCUUUGGUCAACUAGUACCUCAAUGUUUAGAACCUGAUGACAGUAUUGGCCAGAUCAUUUGCUCUAUGCGUGGCUUUGACUUAGAACAAUCCAAUUAUAGCAAAAUACCAAAGAUUAAUGUUGUUGUCGAUGUAUUUAGCCUGGUAAAUCUUAAUUCUAAUAUUUCAAUAAGUCUGAGGACCAAUAGACCAUUUGCCAGUAUUUCACAAUCAGACAAUGAAACAUGUAAAGCAUUGUACAUACAUUGUCAUUAAAUAUCUUUAAAACAUAUUACAGAACGAAGAAAAAAUAAUAAGGCCCGGAUGAAAUAUCUUUUGUAGUUUUUUUUUUUUUUUUUGUUAAAGAUAAGGAGUGCAAUUAAUUUCAUAAUUGCAAAGUUUCAGAAUUUUUAAAAAAAAAAUUAUCUUGUCAUUUGCUUUACAAAAUUUUCUCUCUAAAGUAAUUAAUAAUAAUUUAACCAAAACAUACAUAAAUGUUAUUUUCAAUCCUUGUACUUAAUUCUUUUAUAAAAUUAUUUCAGUUUAAAAGUUGCUUUAUAUCGUCUGUCAUCUGGAAUAUUAAUUUAUGAAACUACUGUACAUCACCCUGUAAGAUUUACUGUAAUUUGAUCAUUGUAUAUAGUCAUGUUUAUAAAUCUUAUUAAAAAAAAACUUUUGAACUUCUAUUAAAAUUUUCCUAUUCUCAACCACAAUAAAGCUUACAACAUUGACAUUAUUACAGUUCAAAAUAUACUAAGUAUUAAUAUUAAAUACAGAAAUAUUAUUAAAAACCUUUUCAUUUUAGCAGUUUCAUGAAUAAAAUUAUUUGAUUCUGAUAUUUUUAUUUCAUAACAUUUAAUAUUUUUUACAAAAACACAAGAAAAUAAUAAUUAAAACAAUAUUGGUUAACAUUUUUAAUUUUUAAGUCAUAUAACUAACAGUUCUAAUACACUGACAUGCUGAAGAGUAUCACAGAUAACAUCAUAACACUAGAAUGACUAUAACUUAUUAUAUAACUUGAUUUAUGAUCACAAAAAUAAACAUUAAACAUUUAGUCAUAAAAACUUUAAAUGAUACACAAUGGUUUACAUAGCUUACAUCAAACGAAUAAUUUAUAAAUGUAGUGUAAAAUAUUUAAACAAAGUAACACACUAAAGCUCAUGAUGACAAAAUAUGUUGUCAUAAAUCAUUAAUAAUGUUGCUGUUAGCAUUUAAUGCAUUUUCACACUGCACAUUAGCAUAAACUUAAUUAGUUAUCCUAUUCUUAUUUACUAAGCAUACUUUACAAAUAAUUUCAAAUCAGCUAUAAACUAAAAAAUUGUUCUUAGCACCCUAAGUUUAUUUUUACACUUUUGACUAUUUACAGUUGACAAAAUAAAAGUAAGGAGAAAGAGGCAUUUCAAACAUCAGAUUCCAUUUUCAAUAAAAAUAAAAUAACAACAAUUUCUGGUGUACAGUUGCAUUAAUACAACUUUUCCUAAGUAUUAAUAACAACAAAAACUUAAAAAUAAUUGUUUAGGAACUCAGUUGAUGUUUAAGUCCUUUUUAAGGAUUCUAAAUAUUACAGUUGUUUUUUUUUUCCAACUAAAUGAAUCAAAUUCAAAAUUUUAUAAACUGUAUUCAUUUUGAAAUUUAUUAUAAAAUAUUGGACCCAUCAGUUUCAAACCUGAUUUAAUAAAUUUUAAUCACAACGAAAUGAAAUUAAUGAAAAUAAAUACAGCAAUAUUGUAAUAAUCAGAUUAUUCAAAACAGGGAUCAAGUUUAAACAGCCUUAUUUAUUAUCUUGAAAAAUUCCAAACUAACACAAGAUUAAAAAAUUAGUAGCACCAUGUGAAACUAACUGAAUAUUUCUUCCAUGUAACAAAAAACUUUUCAUGAAAAAAUAUAAAGAAAAAAAAAAAGGAAAAUCUCUGUAUUUGUUUUUAUGGAAUUAUGUUAUAAAUGAAUGUCUAUCAAAUGAGUUUAGUCAUAUUUUUAAAUAAAAAGUGAUGUACACUUAUCCGAUUUUAUUUAUGAACAGAUACUUUGACACAUGACUGAUAGUUUAACUGUAAUUUUGUUAAAAAGUAGUGCCUAUAUUCCUGUGUCAAUGAUGAAAAAUUGCCAUUUCUAUUUGAAUAAAUUUACAAUUUCAGUUUCAUCAAUUAUAUGAAUGCUAUCACAAUGAUACUAUCAAUGAAUUUAUUUUUUAUUUUCUGAAAGACAGAUAUUUUCACCUAAUUUGUUACCAAUAACUAAUAUAAGUUAGUUUUACAUGAUGCCUAUGUUAAUAUUAUUCCAAUUCAUUGAUUUCAAGCUGUUAAAUGGAAAUCCUGUAUGAAAAAGGUACAUCUACGCUCCUUCUUAACAUAUUGAUAAAAAAUAAUGCAACUCAAAUGUUCCUUCAGUUAAUUUUAUAUAAAAUAAAAUUUUAUGCUAAAGGUUAGUUUUGACUAGAUAGUAUAAAAAAAAGAAGAAAAAAAGUGCUUUAUUGAACUUUCAAGAGGAAGAAAAUAGUUACCAACAUUAUUAUAAACAUUGUCUCAACAUUAUUCGUUUAUUAGUAUAAAUUUAGUCAAAAUCACUACUGGAUCCAGCAGGGGGGUGCAGACCCCACCUGGAAGCUAGGAAAAAAAAUCCAAUAAACAGCUAUUUUAAUAAAAGAGAAAUAUAAAGAAUAUUCAUCCUCUUAGACGAAUUUCCUAAUGUAACCUAAAAAAAAAAGUAUUAUCGUGAGCAGCAUUAGAUAAUUCUGCUAGGGGGCGUCCCCCUCUGAAUGAUGGAAAAAUAAUUCUGAAAAAACAGUUAUUUAAAUAAUAGAGAAAUAUAGGAAAAAAUCAACCUUUAAAAUGAAUUUCCUAAUGUGAUCACCAUCACCCUGAGCUCGACAAUCCAUUACUGGAUCUUGGCUGCCUCAAGAGUUUUUCUUUAUGUACUCUGUCCUGAGCAGCCUCCACCAGUUCCUGAUUUCAAGGAUUCUGGCAUCAGCACAUACUCCAUCUUUCCAUUUCAGUUUCGGUCUGCCCACUUUUCUGUUUCCACCCACUCCAUGCUCAGCAGCUUCUUUGGGAUUUAGGUCUUGUCCAUCUGUACAACUUGGCCCUCCCAUCUCUGCCUUGCUAUCUGAAUAUAUUUGGCCACUUCCAGCUCUUUGUAUAAGUUCUCCAUUCAUCAUUCUCCUUAACUGGGCCAAAUAUCUUCCAAAGGUCCUUCCUUUCAAAAACAAGUAUUUUAAGCCGCUCUUUAAUGAAAAGAGAAAAAUAGAGCAAAUUCAUCCUCAUAGACGAAUUUUCUAAUGUAAUAUAUAUAAAAAAAAUAUUCUUAUGACCAGCACUAGCGAAUUUUAUAAAGAGGUGACCCUCCUCUUGGAUGGUGGACAAAAAAUUCCGAAAAAGUUCCAAAAAUCAGCUAUUUAAAGAAAAGAGGAAUAUAGGGAGAAUUCAUCCUCAUAGACGAAUUUUCUAAUACAAUAUUUUAAAAAAUUAUUAUCUUGACCAUUUUUAUUAUUCUCGCCUUUUUCUCAUAUCACGUCACCUCCACAGGCUGAGGAUCAACUUGUACCCGGCCUUUGGCACACUGCGAGAUUUUGUGAAACAAAAAAUAGAAUGUAAGAGCAAAAGUUGGCUCGUAGGGUGAAGUGAUGUAGGUUUUGGACCGCUGUGAUAUGUGAAGGCAUGUGCUCCUGUCGCAGUUUGUUCCUACUGAUUCCAAACUGAAAACCAUACAUGAAAAAAAAAGAAAAUUAAUUUUAAAAAAAUGAUCUUUAUUUAUUCUUUUGAACAAACUUUUAUUCGAGCACAAGAAAACGUUUUUUCUCCCGGACCCAGUUUUAAUUCAGUUCCAAUAGAUCUUCUUGCAGAAUCCGUGCAAUUCAUAAAACUGGUCACGGUAAUAAUUUGUAUAUUGCUGAUAAGAAAGUGUUGUUCUUUUCUUAAAAUAGCUGCUGUUUGAAACGUUUUCAUGAAGGAAGGUACUAAUUAUUUGGUCUCCGAUUUGUUCGGAAUCUGAUUACGAUCGGAAUCGGAAAUUAUUCUGAUUUUUUUUUCUUAGAGAACUCAUUUCCAAGCUGCAGAGCCAUUUAUAGUAAUAUGUCUCAGAUUUUGACAAUGUUGGUAAAAAUUAGUGUUCAUUGACUGUGGCUAUCGACCAUAUCACUUAAUCGAAUAAUUAAGUUUAGAUACUCGUUCGACAUACAAUUUUCCAUUCUUUAAUUUCUUAAAAAAGUUUUUCGCUUUGAUGCACUGUUUAGUAGUAAUACAUGAAAAAACAAAAAGAUCAGAUAAAUCUGGAUUUUUUGGCUGUUAAAAGUUUUCUCUUAGUGACCUGUGUUAGCAAUUUUGUUUUUUACAUGUCUAAACCCAUAUACAGGGUGUCCCAUAAGUAGAGGGAAAUAUUUAAAGGAAUGAUAGCAGAGCUCAAUAAAUAAAAAAAAAGUUUAAAUAAGGAAUGGUUCGUCCCCCUCCUUUAAAAAUUCCUGGAUCCGUCAGUGGUCAAAAUUUACAUUUAUGAAACCCUAGAUGAUCAGGUUUGUAAUAUUAAUUUAUCAAAACAUGCAAAAUACAAGAAAAAUUCUUUUGAAAUUAAGUGAAAACGAAAGAAUAAUUUAUCUGCCCAUCAACAGAUUAUUUAAUAUUUUUUUAAAGAACCUAGAACAAUUUGAAGAUGCUGGAACAGCUAAGCAUAGUAGGGUGAGCCCCAUAGUACUUGGGUCUGGGUGUACAUUUAGUUGUUGAAUUUGUAUAUAGCCAACCUAUGUAGGUAAAAUUGUCUGUUUAACACAAACAGUAACUGUUUAACAGUUACACAAACAGGGGGGCCUGCACUGUUUUAGAAGCUCUCCAAAAAUUGUCUAGUGAUCACAAUGACUUUUCAAGGAGGAAAACCUCUUGCAUGCACUUCAUUUUAAUUAUAUUUAGCAAUAUUCCCAAGUAAUAUAUGAUUUACAUUUUCAACUGUUUAGUAGUUCAUAUAUGCUUGUACUUGUGAGUUAAAAAAUUCUAAAAAUUGGCUAAUUACAAAAUUUUUAAGGAAUAUUCAUUAAAAUUUUGGUAUGUACAACAAAAAAAAGAGAGAAAUAAAAAUACAUUUGGUAUACAACACUAUGAGAUCCCAAGCGCCAAUAGCAUUAUGACAGCUAUGUUUACAAAAUACAAUGAGAAAUUUAAACUAUAAAAAUGAUGCAGGUAAAAAUAUAAAUUUCAUAUCACCACUAUUCACAACAGUUUCUGUUUGUACAUUUAAUACCUUAAGUUUUUUUUUUUUUUUUUUGUACACUUAAAAUCACUUUUCUUUCUGGUUGUAAUAAUAGUUCUUUCCAUAAUUACCAAACCACACACUUAUCUUUAGGAUUCAUCUUAGAGCCAAGUGGACAGUUAAAAUUUUCUGCAAAUUCAGGAAGAUUUGAUAAUGAACCAAUUACUCUAUAUUUAGGUGUUGCGUGUGUAUCCUUUUCAACUUGUAAGUUUGUUGCUUCAUCAGUGCUUGCUGAACACCAAAC